AUGCUUAAGAGGCUUCUUUAUGUUCUUAAACCUGUUAGGUUUAAGACGAAUCUUGCAACAACCCAGACCUGUACCAAUUUGUCCAAUUUUACCGUAAAGGUGCGACGGCGGUUUUUAAACGACGUGUAUUUCGAUUUGGAGGACGAGUAUAAGAGAAUAUCGAGGUAUUUUUGCCUGUUUUACAGUUUAUUCCGUAGAAGUACCAAGUAUUCCCACUAUGGCCUCGGGAUGUUUAUCUUAAUUCCCACUGGGCUAGCCCUGUUUUCUCCUUCCACACCUUCCUUUGUGAAUUUGUUAUCGCAUCAGUUUAAGGUAUCUUCCUUGGCCCUCUGCUGGCUGUCUUCCAAUUACUUGGCCUUUAACCUUUGUAGGUUCGGCAGAAGCUCAUUGCUCGCCAAUUCAAGGUGCGUUGUAGUAAUAGCACAUAUAUUCAGGGGGUUCGUUGGACUUGCUUUUGCCAUUGCUGGCAUUGCUGGUACUCUGAUAAUCGGCGAUUACAACAUCAUCUCCGGGCUCUAUUCACUUCUGGGCUGCUAUGCGCUCCUGGGAAGCUACAACUACCUUCUUGCCCACAAUAAAUUACUCCCUCGUUCCAUAUUUAUCCCAUCAUCUGGGUUGAUUCUUUUCAAUCUGGCCGCUAUAUCGCUGUGUAUUAUCAAAUCCCAUUUCGUUAAGGAGGACUUGACCACCACCUCCCAUGAAGAAAUUGUUAGGAGAUUCGAGUCUUCGAAGCUGUUUAAAAAAACUUUGGCAAAAUCGGAAAACGAACAGAAGUAA